AUGCUCAUCGCCGACUCUUUCGAUGUCUGCUUCACCAGCCCCUUGAUCCGAUCAAAGAGAACUGCUGAGAUUAUAUGGGCUGCUCGGCAGGAGGAAAUGAUACCAGAAUCUGACCUUCGGGAGAUCGAUCUCUACUCUUUUCAAGGUCUUUUGAAGCACGAGGGGAAGGAGAAGUUUGGUAAUGCUUAUCGCCAGUGGCAGAAGGAUGCGCCCAAUUUUAACAUCGAUGGCCAUUAUCCGGUAAAAGAACUUUGGGGCCGAGCCAAAAGCUGCUGGAAUAAAAUUUUAGCUCAUAAAGGCAAGUCUGUCCUUGUUGUUGCUCACAACGCAGUUAAUCAAGCCCUUGUUGCAACAGCAUUAGGAUUAGGCACGGACUACUUCAGGGUAUUGCUUCAGAGCAACUGUGGAGUGAGUGUGCUGGAUUUCACUCCAAAACCUCGAGGUGACUCUCCCCAUGUAUGCAUCAAUAGGUUAAAUCAGACCCCAAAUUCACCUAUCGCUGGGGGGACUUCAGCGGGAAGAGAAACUUCCAAGCGUAUAGUUUUAGUAUGUCAUGGAUCCACACAGGGUAACAAUGAGGCUAUCUUUGCCAACAUGGGUUAUGAGUCCAUGAACAUGCUUGGAGUUAUACAGUCGCAAAAAACUGCAGAGCUACUCUUAGACUUGAAGGUGAAUUGCAUACUCUCCAGCCCACGGAUAGCCUCAAUUGAUACAGCCACUUUGAUUUGUCAGGUCCAGGAAGCAGCAGAUUGCUUGGGUGCUGACUGUGUGCCUCGUUAUGUAGAGGUAAAGAAAACACUGGACCUUGAGGUUGAACCUGUUCUUCAAAAAGCACGCGAGAAUACUGGGUCUACAUUGUUAGAUAACCUUGAUGAUCAUCAUAUAUCAAACUUAUGGAAUCAAUCGGACAAAGCCUGGCAGUCUGUUCUUGAAGAACUAUCUGAUGAAUCAGAAACUGAAAGAAAUGUGGUAGUUGUUGGGCACCCAUCUAUUCAUACUGCGUUGAUAUGCCACUGCCUCAAGUUAACAGCAGAGUGGAUGGAUUCUUUUCAUCUUGAUGAAGGCAGCAUCAGUGUUAUUGAUUUUCCUGAUGGGGCAGCAGGAAGAGGAAUAGUCCGGUGUAUUAAUUACACCGCACACCUUGGUAGAUGGUCUAUACCUGUGACGAGAUCAGUCAGAAAUAAUUAAGAGGUCUAGUAAAGGUACUUCUCUGCCAUUUUUUCCCCCUCCAAUAUCAAGUUUAACCUGUAUUGAUUAUGUACUAACUGAUAUAAAUUCUACCUCCUGAUGGACGUGUUGCUGUACUUGUAGAAUUGAAAAAUGGGAGGGGAAAAAAGUAUCUAUAAUUUGUUUGAAACGUUUUCAGAUAAUGUUGUGAAAAAUAGCAGAUACUAUAUCUUCCUUC